AUGGGCCUCGCACGAUCUUUAAGUCGGCAUCCGACUAUACAGUACUUUCAUUCCACGUACAAGAAAACUGUUGGCCACAAGUUGCGGGAUGUUAUCAGCGCUAUCGUCCAUAGGCUUCAUCCCAUCUUUCGGAAGCUUCUGCCGAACUUUAUUGCGGCGCACUACUUCUAUAUCAUCACGAUGGCACUGCUUUGCUCUAUCUUAGUGUAUCCAGUGAAGAAUGCGGCUUACAUUGAUGUACUGUUCCUCUCAGCCGGCGCUGCGACACAGGGAGGAUUAAACACGAUAGAUAUAUGCGACCUGUCUCUCUACCAACAGAUUGUCCUGUAUCUUGUCAGUAUGUUCACGACUCCAAUAUGGAUUCACGGGAUGCUGGUGUUCGUACGGUUAUUCUGGUUUGAGCGGUACUUCGACGGGAUCAAAUCCUGGUCCAAGAAGAACUUCCAGAUGAGGCGGACUAGGACGUUAGUUGCACGCGAGUUAUCAAGGAGUAUGUCGUCAAGUCGUCAUUGGCCGAAACCAGACAGACACUUAAAGGGUAGUGAUAGAAGAUUAACUCGGACGUCUACUGCAACCAAUGACUUCCAGAACCGGCUGUUUAGUGGAAAAUUAGUCAAUAGGGAAGAAAGCAACGUUGCUCCAGAGGAUAAAGAGCCUAGAGUGUUUUCUACAGCCUGUUCCGAAGUGGCACCAUCGCCAUCUGAUUCUAAUUCCAAGGCAUCCAAUAGAACAAGCAGUUUGGGCACUACUAGUGUGUCGUCUGGUGUUGCCCCAGGUAGUAUUUCCAAUAAAUCUGAACCGGAUUUGUCUCGUCAGAGCCCAGCAGAACCCUUGUCAGCUAAGAGAGACAGGGAAGUCACGCCUGCGGAUUUAGUGAGGUCUAUCACGAUGAUGCAAAGCCAACACCGGAAAACUGAAGACGAGGAUGGCCCUGCUCUGGUUAUCAAGGGUCCUCAUGAGCGGACUUCUGGGCGGACUUCUGGGAAUGAAGGAGAGGACUACGAAGACGAAGGCGUUCCUUCCCGCGAUUCUACCGAAAAGACCAGACGGCUCGAUCUGCGGAAGAGACCACUAUCUGGUAGAUCAUCACAGGGAGGUAUGGCAUGGCUCACGCCAUCUCAAUCGCUGUCUGCAAUCGAACAAAGAAGGUCCGGAGAUUACUCUGAUGUCUCCUCCGCUCUAGAAACCGCCACAGAGGCUCAUGAUCAUCCAUCCUGGAAACAGGGUGGCAGAACUGCGGAACCCACAUCAGAGCUUCCACGCAGUACGACGUCGGCAGAACAGUUAGCCUCCGCGACGAAUAACGGUCCAUCAAUUCAUUUCGAAAUUGGGAAUAUGCCCCGUCCCCCAACGAGACAGAAUCUACAAAGACAUGAUACAGGCAGUUCGAAAUACGGGGAAAGUUCUGAUAAUAAGAAGUCCGGGAGACCAGGCCUUCUCCGUCGGCUAUCUGCCUCAGGUGGGAUAAAGGAUUUCCUUAUGCGCAACAAUGGCAGCGCUAGUGUCACACGGGGAGAUAACGACCACGUACCAGAUUCAGUAUCAUCUGACAAUGAUUCAGCGAUAGAAAGCACUGGUUCUGAAGAAAACGAUGAGACUGGAGAUUCCCGGAAUAGAACUUAUUUCCGACAACCGAGUAGAGAUGCCCAAACUCCUGAAAGUAUUCGUGCCGAGGACCUCAGAAGGAGUUUCAGGCGUAGAAGGAGUACAGGUCUGAGCUUGAAGAAACUGCAACUUAGCGCCAGCUUUAACAAGAUUCUCGGGGACCGUGUUCCAAAUGCGCUCCGCAGGAAGAGCAAGAGGACUAGUAACGCAUCGCUAACAUCAGCAGACCACUCUGCGGAUAGUGUGGAUUCCUAUUCUAAUUACUAUGAUCAAGAAAGUGGGUAUGGGGGCUUGGACUUGGAUGGAAAUGAGAUGAGCCACGUUAUGAGCACCAACUAUUUAUCUUACAAUCCGAACAUUGGAAGAAAUUCGAUCUUUAUAGGCCUGACAGAUGCACAGAAGGUUGAACUGGGUGGUGUAGAGUACCGCGCAACAAAACUCUUAUGCCGCAUUCUGGUGACCUACUAUUUUGGAUUCCAUGCGUUAAUUGUUAUUUUUCUACUACCGUGGAUCCACUCCAGCCAGAAAUAUAAGGACAUUGUUGCCUCUAAUGGUGUAUCGACAACCUGGUGGGCAUUUUUCACCUCACAGAGUGCAUUUAACGAUGUCGGAUUUACAUUGACCAAAGAUUCCAUGCUUUCGUUCAGUAAGGCGUCAUUUCCUCUGGUAGUGAUGAUUUUUUUUAUCAUUUUUGGGAAUACUGGAUUCCCAAUACUAUUGAGAUUCAUUAUAUGGGUCAUGUUCAAGCUCGCCCCUGAUCUCUCACUAAUGAAAGAGAAUCUUGGCUUUCUUUUGGACCACCCCAGACGCUGCUUCACGCUGCUUUUCCCACGAGCUGCAACCUGGUGGCUAUUUCUGAUUGUGGUGGGAUUGAACUCAUUAGAUCUCAUCUUAUUUAUUGUGCUGGACUUGAACUCAUCCUUAUUGAAUGGUAUGCAUGCGGGCCAGAAGGUUAUUGAUGGUUUGUUCCAGGCUGUCAACACUAGAACAGCCGGACUGGCAGUCGUUGAUCUUAGCCAGUUACAUCCCUCGAUUCAGGUUUCGUAUAUGCUUAUGAUGUAUAUUUCCGUUCUACCAGUGGCCAUUUCUAUUCGGAGAACCAAUGUUUACGAGGAGCAGUCUUUGGGAAUAUACGGAAACUUGAUGCCGAUUAUCGCUGAAGCUUCAACCACUGGCACUUCAGCCCAAUCCCGGCUAAACAAGCAUGGGAGUACCAAAGAGGACGUGAACAUUGACCAGGAACAGGAUACUAAAUCUUUUGUUAGAGACCAUUUGCGUAAGCAACUUUCUUUUGACUUGUGGUAUAUGUUCCUAGGGCUGUUCAUCAUUUGCAUAGUUGAGGGCGAUAGGAUACAGGAUCCAAAUGAACCGACGUUUGACGUCUUCCACAUUCUGUUUGAAGUUGUGAGUGCAUACGGUACGGUUGGACUUUCUCUUGGAUUCCCCAACACUAAUCAAUCAUUUAGCGCGCAGUUCAAACCGCUUUCAAAGUUUGUCAUUGUAGCAAUGUUGAUACGGGGACGCCACAGAGGGUUGCCCUACAAGUUGGACCGCGCCAUUAUGUUGCCCAGCGAUAAGCUGAAACAGAUAGAUAAUUUAGAGGAUCUAAAGUUACAGAAAACGGCAACCAGUAACAAGGAUCCUCUUCUCCAGUACUGGCGCAGAAGAGCAAAACCCGUGUCCACAGGUAUUGCGCAGGUACUGAGCCGUACUAAGUCGCAUACUUCACGGAGUUCAGACCACUCACAUAUCCCGAUUGCCGUUGAACGCGGGGAACAAGCCACAGGUGCUCCAUUGGGACCGACUGCGAGUGGCUCUAUAAAGUCAGACUAUGUGAUGCGGCGCAACUCCCACAAAUCUACGGACCAAGAGCGCUCACCUUCCACCAUUUCACCUCUACAGCCGGCAAGUGAGGAAGAUAUGGAUCCUAGUGGGCAUCCGUCCCAUACGGUGGACGCUGAGCCAAAUAAAUUUUUAGCUUAA